UUGGACGCCAUUUUUCAUCACUAGACCAUCCUGCUGCGUUCCGCAAACUGCAUCAUGUCGAACAUUGACUUUACAAUUGCCGAUGCGGACAGGCAUCUGGCGCAACUCGACCUGCAAGCGGCCUUCCACUCUUAUCUACAAGCCGUUUCUCUAAUAAUAGCGCACCUAGCCAAAGAGACGGUGUUCUCUGCCAAUGGUGAAACUACUGAAAAUGGUGACAGAAAGUUUAAGAACGUUGCGACUACUCUUCCAGACGAUGCUGAGCGACUUUUUGGAUUGGCCCAUUUAUGCUUCACUGAAGCAGAGGACAUCAUGUUUGGCACCGUUUCCGUGGACGAUCUAGAACCGUAUGACGAGCAUGAUGACGCAUCGAUCCAUCAACCAGAGGGGGAUGAAUCGGAAAGGGCUUCACCGCCAAAAGACUUUCGUGAGCACCGGUUGUCACGUCCGCGAUCUAUCCGAUCUGUUGAAAGCUCCAUCAAACGGAGCAGUACUUGGAACUCGUAUCGCAGCUCGUUGGCUAGGGCGCUGGGAUCUAGCAACCCAAGCGAAGAAAGGCUGGCGCAGAGGAAUGCAACACCAGAUGCGUCUUCCUGGCUUCUCGGAGAUACCAACCGCGCAACGUCUCCACCGCCACCCUUUGACGCCGACAGCAUACAUGCCCUCAAACAAAGCGCAUCAUCUAUACCCCAGCAGCAACCAUCUGCUCCCGGAGCGACCUCACCACCCCGGGAAUCGUUGAUCUGGCAAUUCCCUUCUGUCCCAUCCCAAGGGAAAGCAAACGAUACGCAACAAGUACCUCAUGGUUUUAAUGCCUCAGUUCAAAAUGACAUCACACCGUAUGCCCCAUCCUCCCCUAGCGCACCCCCACCUCGCGAAUCGCUGAUAUGGCACUUCCCAUCUGUUCCUCGGGAGCAAGCCAAAGCAAAGUCCUCACCAUUGGGUUCCCCAAACAACGCGAACCUUCCGACGUCGCCAAGCACACCCCAAUCCCCCAUGCCACCACCACCUGCGCCGCUAUCUCACUCUUCUUCUGCAGCUUCGGUUACAUCUCAAUCCCCUGCAAAUUCGUACCUUCCAAUGAUCCCUACCUCCCCACUCAUCUAUCAACAUAGGAUACUAUCAGACCAAUACAACACCGCAUGCUCACAGCUGCAGGUCCUCGAAAACACCCAACAUACAGGCAGACCUUACUCUCAGACAGCUGGAACAUUAUCCCAGAUCCGCCGGCUUGUCGAAACGUCCAGCGUAGCAAAAAAUAGACUAGUUUCCUUGAACGCCAUAAUCAGUGAAUGGGGCAACCGAAAGCUGGUCGAUGUGAGCGCCGACGAUCUCGGGAAAGCUAUUCUCUGCUUUGAUGUGGACAUGUUCCGCGGUAUCAAAGCAGUGGAUUUGCUCGGAUACGCCACAUCGGGUGGUUCCGCAUCGGACGCCAUCCGUCGUGCCCAAGAUUUCGCGCACUUCCUUUACCGAACCGUUCAAUCCACCAUCCUCGAGCACGACCAACCCAUCUCUCGAGCGUCCUGCAUCGUGCGAUGGAUCACCGUCGCUCAAGUCUUGUUCAUUAAUCGGGAUUUUCACGGGUUGCAGGCUAUUCUCUCAGCUUUAUCCUCUGUCUUGGUUGCGCGGUUAAGCGGUACCUGGAAAACUGUUAGCAAAAAGUAUCGGGGCCUCUACGACGAUCUCCUAAGGGUGUCGGCGGAUAUGAAGGAUCCAAGAUGGUUCCGGCAGCAACUGGAUCGAGUCGAAAAGCCGUGUGUCCCCAUCCUGGACAGGCUUUUGAGCCAUGAUGCAGCGGAAGCCAAACGGAUCAUGGAUGUGUGCAAGGAGGAUGAAGCAGAAUGGGAUAAAGAUGUGGGAACAGUUGCGAAUCCGGUUGUGGACGUUGGUCCGAUGCAUUGGCUUGUGACGAGGUGUUGGAUGAAUGACAGACAUGUGGAGGGGUUAAGUUACAUGUGGGAGCCCGAACCAGGGGGAGCAAGUUCGAAGCAAUCGCGAAAAGGUUCCGAGGACACUGUGACGAGUGCGAGACCUCCACCGUUCACCCCUUCCUUGUCAAGCGUCACAGUGGGUUCCAUGACGCCCCCUCCUGCAGCUGAUGCGCAGAUGGAUCAUUCGCUUCUUCGACGGCUCAAUCAGCUGGGACCUUUCAGCAAGAAAUAGAAGCAUAUUGUUUAAAUACGACUUAAAUACAAGUCGCUGGCUUAAUUUAUCGCUCGGCUGGCACUGAUGUACCGGGUGGCGAUCAUUUUAGACUUCGAUAAAGUCAUACCCCAUAUCGAUUGUUCCCCCAAUAUUAUAUUAGAUUGAGACUCCUCCCAGUGUCCAAUAAGAAUGUUCCAUAUUUUUAUCUCAUUCUACACAAUCCAAAACAGAAUAAAUUUAUGCUACUUGACCAGCC